AUGCUCGCCGUGCUGGGCGCGGGGAGGGUGUCGGUGGGCCGGCUCGGGCUGGCGUCCGCCGAGACCGCCGUCUUCACCCCCCCCCGACAAGUCGAUCGACCUCCUGCGCGACAUAUACACCGUGGCCAAGGAGGAGGAGCGCCGCCGAGCCGCCUCGCCAGCUCCGUUCUUCCACACUGCCAUCCAGCCCCUCCUCCUCGUCGUCGUCCCAUCCGUGACACGCUUGUUCCUUCCAUCGUAGCCGGCGUCACCUUCGUGCCGUUCCAGGUCGAAUUGAGUGGCGCCCCGCCCUCGAAGUCUUCCCGCUCACCCCCGACGACAUCGACUUCGGACAUUCUGACUGCCUCUCCGACGACGAUUGAUUACCUGGCGAGUGCGGAAACCGCGAGCGACGCCGCUGUCGGCUUCCUCGGCACGGCUCCGGCAGACCACGAGACAUGCCAUCCACACAUGUUCCCCGGAUGUCUGAGCAACAUCGAGCCUGCGUCGUUCGCGCACGAGAGCUCGCCCGGCCUCCUGUCCGGCGAAUACGGCGGGGAUUCCUGGCCGACGACUCCCGAUGCUUUCCACGCAAGCAUGGCAGCGCCUCGCCAACCCAAGAGGUCGGGCCGAAGCGUUUUGGAGGACGUGGACUCGCUCAGUCGGCCGGCCGACUGCGGACACAGCGUCGCGCCCCCUCUGCACGCGUCGUUCAGCUGCGACCUCGGGGCGGCAAGCAUGGACGGAGGCGGACGCCGCGUGCGCCCCCGAUCGGCCGCUGUUCCCGGAGCGCUCGACGCACAAGAACAGCGCCUGGGCCCAUGGCGGGGCGGUUUUCGGGAUCGGGGGCGCCGGCGAAUGCGCGCAGAACUGGCGGCGAAACGGCGCGCUUCCGCCGACGGCUUUCGACGCCGCCGAGGCCCAUUCUCAGGAGUCUUACUUGCUCUAGGCAGCGCUCAUAUAUAA